AUGAUGCUCUUCCUGGAUGAAUUGGAAGAGUUACAAAAGCUCCCAGAUAGCACGGCCGUAGCAUUUGAACUAGUCAUGAUCUUGGGCGAAUACUCCUACGGGGAAAUGGAUAAUAAAGGGUGUAGCUAUGGUGAUAGACCCUCAGAUCGAGACGUCGACAGACUUCUUCUUGACCUUGCCACAGAAAGAAAGAAGAUCAAACCCUCUUGGAACUUUCCCCGCGUACUUGACACACUUUCACAAAGGGCUGUAUACCUCCAUGGCUGCGGCAUCGAAGAUUUCUGCGCCCAGACCAUCGAUUUCUUAUCUGCGUGGCAGAGAGAUCCGCCGGCGAAUGAAAAAACUCGCCCAAGGGCAAGGACAUAA